GCCAGUCGUAGUAGUAGCCGUAGAUACCACUCACUUAGCGGUGUCGGUUCGAGUGGCCUCAGUUUGUACGAAACGGGAUGCAGUUUUCCAAAGGUUUGGGAGGCGGUAGGUCCCGCAUGAGUGUGUCCUCUGUUGGGAGCAGUCGUGCGCCGAGUGUAUAUGGAGGUGCCGGGGAAUAUGGCACCCUUAUCUCUCAGUCCUAUUUCUCCAUGGACGGGCCAGGCCAGAUCACUAUCGGCGCCAAAGAGAAGAAUACCAUGCAGAAUCUAAACGACCGUUUGGCCACCUACCUGGAAAAGGUGCGCUCUCUAGAGACAGCUAAUAGUAAGUUGGAGCUGCAGAUCAAGGAGUUCUACGAGAUGAGAUCACCGACUCACAAGAAGGACCUCCGUGGGUUCCAUACCACCAUCUCAGACAUCCUCAACCAGAUCCAAGCCAGGUCUGUGGAGAACUCUCAGAUGAUCCUGCGGGUGGAUAAUGCCAGACAUGCAGCUGAUGUCUUCAAGAUGAAGUUAGAGACGGAGGCUAACAUGCGUAUGAAGAUAGAAGGGGAUGUGGCUCGUCUGAGAGGAGUCCUGUACAGCUUUACACUCACCAGAGCAGAACUGGAGAUACAGAUUGAGGGGCUGAAGGAGGAGCUGGUCUACCUCAGGAAGAACCACGAGGAGGAGAUGCAUUUGAUGCGGACGCAGCAUUGUGGUGCUGUGAAUGUGGAGAUGGACUGUGCUUCCUCAGUGGACAUGAGCAAGGUGCUGGAGGAGAUGAGGACCCAGUAUGAGGGCAUGAUAACGAAGAACCAGAGAGAUGCUGCCAAGUGGUUUGAGAGCAAGGUGGAGGUGCUUCAGAACCAGAUCACCACCAGCACCACAGAGGUGAAGAACUCUCAGGCUCAGGUGACCGACCUGAAGAGGACCUUCCAGAGCCUGGUGAUUGAACUACAUGGCCUGCUCACUCAGAAGGGGUACCUGGAGCAGAGCAUCGUUGAUAUAAACGGCCGCCACGGCUCCCAGCUGAGCCAGCUGCAGGUUUGUAUCAACAGAAUGGAGGAGGAGCUGCAGCAGCUCAACGUCAGCAUCCAGCAGCAGGCCUCUGAGUACCAGAUCCUCCUGGACAUCAAGAUGAGGCUGGAGAUGGAGAUCGCUGAGUACAGGAGGCUGCUGGAUGGAGAGGGACUCAGUAGGCAUUUGGACACCAGACAGGAGGUCAGGAAGGUGAUUGUGGUCGAGAAGAUCCAGGAAAUACAACAAGUCCAGGAAGUGGUGGAAGAGUAUCAUCCACACAUGCAGAAGCGGGUGAGGGUGAUCGUGGAGGAGAUGGUGGAUGGGAAGGUGGUAUCCACCUCAGUAGAUGAGAAGGUCCAGGAUAUGAACUAACUGAGAAGGCCAGAUAGUUCCGGAAUCUGGUGAAGCGGUAACAGACCACCCAUACCCCUGGACCACACAUACAACUGAUGAGUCGGACGUUUACAUAUACCUUCGCCAAAUACAUUUAAACUCAGUUUUUCAUAAUUCCUGACAUUUAAUCCUAGUAAAAAUUCCCUUUCUUAGGUCAGUUAAGAUCACCACCUUAUUUUAAGAAUGUGAAAUGUCAGAAUAAUAGUAGAGAGAAUUAUUUAUUUCAGCUUUUAUUUCUUUCAUCACAUUCCCAGUGGGUCAGAAAUGUACAUGCACUCAAUUAGUAUUUGGUAGCAUUGCCUUUAAAUUCAUCAUAUAAAUUCAUCAAAUAAGAAUUUGUUCUUAACUGACUUGCCUAGUUAAAAAAAUAAAAUUGUCUAUUUGGAAGACCCAUUUGUGACCAAGCUUUAACUUCCUGACUGAUGUCUUGAGAUGUUGCUUCAAUAUAUCCACAUAAUUUUCCUUCCUCAUGAAGCCAUCUAUUUUGUGAAGUGCACUAGUCCCUCCUGCAGCAAAGCACCCCCACAACAUGAUGCUGCCACCCCCGUGCUUCACGGUUGGGAUGGUACUCUUUGGCUGGCAAGCCUCCCCCUUUUCCUCCAAACAUACAGAGAUGGUUGUUAUGGCCAAACAGCUCUAUUUUUGUUUUAUCAGACCAGAGGACAUUUCUCCCAAAAGUACAAUUUUUGCCCCCAUGUGCAGUUGCAAACCGUAGUCUGGCUUUCUUUGUGGCGGUUUUGGAGUAGUGGCUUCUUCCUUGCUGAGAGGCCUUUUAGUUUAUGUUGAUAUAGGACUUGUUUACUGUGGAUAUAGAUGCUUUUGUACCUGUUUCCUCCAGAAUCUCCACAAGGUCCUGUGCUGUUCUGGGAUUGAUUUGCACUUUUUCCACCAAAGUAUGUUAAUCUCUAGGAGACAGAACGCUUCUCCUUCCUGAGCGGUGUGGCGGCUGUGUGGUCCCAUGGUGUUUAUACUUGCGUACUACUGUUUGUACAGAUGAACGUGGUACCUUCAGGCGUUUGGAGAUUGUUCCCAAGGAUGAACCAGACUUCUGGAGGUCAACCAUUUUCGAGGUCUUGGCUGAUUUAUUUAGAUUUUCCCAUGAUGUCAAGCAAAGAGGCACUGAGUGUGAAGGUAGGCCUUAAAAUACAUCUACAGGUACACCUCCAAUUGACUCAAAUGAUGUCAAUUAGCCUAUCAGAAUCUUCUAAAAACAUGACAUGCAUCUUUGGAACUUUCCAGGCUGUUUAAAGGCACAGUCAACUUAGUGUAUGUAAACUUCUGACCCACUGGAAUUGUGAUACAGUGAAUUAUAAGUUAAAUAGUGUAUCUUUAAACAAUUGUUCAUAUAGAAAGUAGAUGUCUUAACUGACUUGCCAAAACUAUAGUUUGUUAACAAGAAAUGUGUGGAGUGGUUGAAAAACGAGUUUUAAUGACUCCAACCUAAGUGUAUGCAAAUUUCUGACUUCAACUGUAUAUGUAUGCAAAUAUAUUUCAUGGUCGCAUACUGUAAUAUGUCCCUUUUGACAGGAUUGCAUCAGCUGAAUGAUAACUGAUGUAAUUUACUCAUGUUACCUAAUAACUCUUAUAUGGCUCUAUCAUAUGGCCAAUUGAAUAUUAUUUCUAGAAUGUGUUUUUCCCAUUGUUCCAAUCAUUGCCACCAGGUGGCAUUAUCUCAUUUAAAUAUCUUUGGGUAGCCCAAUUAAAAGUGAAAAUGAUCUCAUUUGAGUAAAUUGAAAACAGAUUGGUACAGUUACAUAAGUGACAUCAGGGAAAAUAAGAUUUGCUUCAUCAGCUAUUAUAAAGGUAUUUUAGCUCCAUUGUAUGAAUGUUCUCUGUACUCUAAGACAGGUUUAAAGUUCAUGUUCUGUAGACCUAUGACACUGACGCUACAUGAUACAUUUGGCUGUGGAUUAAAUCUAGAUGUCAAUGCAUUUCAGGACACUAUCAUUAUUUAGGGUCCAUUGCUGUCCUCUAAAAAGUUUAAAAGAAACACCUUUGCAGAUUGUAUGAGGCCAACACACAUACUGUACCAUACAUUAUAUGAGCAAAACACUCAUGGGAGUUUCACUUACUCAAACAUGUUCUCAGAGCAGAACGGAUUAUGAUUGGUCGCAUCAGGCACCCAAUGAAAAUGGAGAGGAGGUGGAAGGAGGCACAGUGGCGACUUGCCAUUCACGGUAGAUCGGGCAGAGCAAGAAGAAAAUGUGCCUUUUUUUGCAUGUUAUUUUGGCAUAAAUACGUGUCACAUAUCAGUUUGCGAACAAUGUAAAAAAUAUAUAUAAUUUAAUUAAUCAAGCCGCAUACAAACAUGGUCUCUUUUUUAUUUUCUUGAGUAAGGCAGCUCCAAAAUGCAGGUGUUCCAGGCCGAGCUCAGUGCUUUUUGUGGUGGUGGGGCAUGCUAAGCAGACAAUAGGAGCAUUGCGCCGUGAUUGGCUCAGUGUUCUGUCAUUCAUGGGGACCUUACGUAGUCGCCAAACUUAAGUCCUUAGAAAGCGUAGAUAGCCCUUUGGGUUCUGCCAUAAAGUUAUAUUAGAAGUGCCCUUCCAAGAAGGCUCAAGGUCAUUGGCCACAGAAAUUACAUCAAAUCACGUUAUAUGUACAGAAGCUUUGAUUGGACUCAUCAUGUCAACGUCUUACUUUCACAAUCUUAGCUAGCAGUCAUCAUCAUGAAUCAAGUCUAUUGGCAAAUCCUUUUUAUUCCUUGUCGUAUGAAGAGAAAUAAUGAAGAGAAAAUAUAGAUAAAACGUAUUGGUGCUCAUUGGCCACUGGACGUAAACAUUACACAACAAUUUUGGUAGAUCGCAAAUUCAACAAUGAGUGUUUUGUAAGGAAUUGGUGACAGUGGCUAACUGCAAGCAUUGCAACUGGGAAGUUGGGAAUAAACAGCCCAAACUGGGAAAAUACGUUUUGAACGGUCAUACAACUCGGAAUUGUAAAUCCAGCAUCUUUUUCUUUGAUGACAAAAUUUGCCCACGAAGGACCGCCGCGCCACAUUCCUGUUUAGGCACAUCACAACAACGUGAGCCCAAAAAUGUCUUAUGCUGCUUCAUAAAUUACGUAGGAUGCCAGAGAGAUAUGUAUCCCGUAGCUAAGAAGGUAAUACUAGGUGUAUGUUUAGUAAGCUAAUAUUAACUAGAAAAACUCAUUUUAGAACUCAUUUUUUACAUGUAGUAUUUAAUCAAUACUUUCGCCUAACUGGAAACAGGACAUUAAUGCACAAAAUGAAGAACUUGCUAUAUUCAAAUGAACUUGUUUUGCUUAUUUGCUGAUCGCUCCUGCACAAUUGCGUGUCUUUGUGAGACGCAGAGUAGGUGAACGGAUGAUAUCCGCAUGUGUGGU